AUGAAGGAGCUGAAGAGGAGGGGGAUGACGCCGACGUCCCUGUUGGAGGACUCUUCCACCGGUCGGACCCCAUACCCGGGGCUGAUGGAGGAGAUGGACUUGGUGGAGGAAGAGCCUCAGAGGGCUGACAGCGGUCGAGGCUCAGUGAAGAGGAAGGGCGUGAUGUCAGCGGACUACGAAAAGGGUCUGUUGAACCAGAGGGAGAGAUCCAUGGCUCUUAACAGCGAAGGACUCGAGGUUGGCCAAUUCCUAAAACCCUUAUUUCUUCGCCCCUUUCCUAUCUGCAGCUUCGAUGCUCGUAUCUUUCCUCUCUCUCCUGUUCCUUAAGGCAGGAAUAUGUACGCUCUCUAAAAAUCAUGAGGCAUCUCCACUUUGAUCCUGUUCAUGUGUCCUAUAAGAUAAGACCUCCAUCAUUAUUAGAUGGUUGCCCAGUGGCACCAGCUACUGCUUGUCUGGCUUUGCUUGGAACACCAUGAUUCCCCAAACUAGGAGCUUGCAUGCCUUAAAAAAAAAGAAAAAAAAAGAAAAAAACAUGUCGAAAGAAAUUCCUAUAGGAAUUAUUCAAGAUCAUGUUUAAACUGGCCAGAAUUCCUAUAGGAAUUUAUGAAUCUAGAUUCACAGGGGUUACUAUGUGAGACUUUUCUCCUAAAUAUUCUUGCUGUAUCAGAUAUAUUCCUUACCACAUAUCAGCCAAAUGAACAGGACCAUCCAAAACCUUGAUGUCUUGUGUUGAGGAAACAAUACAGAAUGAGCACUUCGCUUCUGUCCUUCAUGGUCGGAAGUAUCCAUCCAACACAGACUAAGUGGAACAUUACUGAAGCACGUUUAGUUACUAUAUUUCACUACUAUAUUCAGUAAAAUGCUGAGUCGAGAGUUUUCCUUGGAUCUUGGACUGUAUCAUUCUUUCUGUAUGAUGAUGCCUGACGUGGGGUGUUUUCGUCCAUUCCUUAAUUUCAGGGUCUAAUUCCAAGAGCAAAGCUCCUCCUCACGAUUGGAGGAACAUUCUUUCUAGGGUUUGGGCCUUUGAUACUCGUCACUGUUGCUUUCUUCUCAGCUUUAUACUUCGUAAGUUCCCCCUUCUCAAUCCACGCUUCUUUAUAUGCUUUAUAUCAUCAGUUUUCCCCUACUGAGAGCCCCAUUGAGCUAGAAACAACUAACAAGCUGCCACGGCAGUAAUUUUUUUCUUUCUAUAUCAUGAAAUCUGCCUUAUCCUGUUCCAGCACAGCCCAUUUUUUUAAUCGAAAUUAGCCCUAACUUGGCCUGGCUUUGUGUCGUGUUGAGAAAUGCAUAAGUCCAUUGGUGGGUAGGCUGAGGAGGAUCUGAAGCCCGCCAGAUCACAUUCAGUGGAAGAGAGAGAGUGGCACUGAUGAACCCAUUGCCGGACGUAAAAAUUAUGUUCUGCCCCCCCCCCCCCAAUUCGCAUCAAUUUUCUUUCCCCCCGUUAUUAAUCCGAAAUUAUGUCAGGAGGGAAACUUUGCCGUGGUGCGAUUUCCUUUAGUUUUUGGUAAAAAAAAGGACCUGAAACUCUUGUUAUCUCGUUUCCACCCCUGGUUUUUGUGAUCAUCGUGGCCCUGUUCUCCGCGCCUUUGGCGUGCAGUUCUUCGGGACGAGCUUCGUGCAUGACGCGAGCAGGCUGCACAUUACGCCACCGUCCUACGUGGAUCCCUACGCCUUGCUGGACGAUGACAGGAUCUCCCAGAUGGCGCCACGCGUUAAAUGA